GAUAUUUUUUAGCACUACGCAGCCCUGACGCACAUCUGCAAAAUGUUUAUUUACAAAACGAGUUAGCAUUAUUAUUGUCAAAAAUGAAUUCUCAAAACGAAUUGCAUCCAAAUUGGCUGGCUCUAACAACAUUGCCACUCCAACUGAAGCGAUUCGUCCGAGCUGGAGACCCGGAUCUUAUCGCCGAUUCCCCGAAAGCUGUAAAGCAGCAAAUUGAUGGCUUAAACGGAGCAGAAGCUCGUGAGUUCUACAAGGAGGUGUUGGAUGCGCCCACAACCUGCCAACCUAAGCUUCCAAAUCCCCACAAAACUGAAGAAACAAGAAGAGUGCCAGAAAGGACCAUAGUCCCUUUCGACAAAAGCAAAUUCUUCCGUUUGGCCACCAGCAACAAAGUAGAGGAGCUGUCCCAAAUGGAGGCCUCGGAAGAGGAUUUAAAUUCUCGAGAUUCCUUUGGCUGGACUGCGUUGAUGAUGGCUGCCUGUGAAGGAGCCACGGAGGCAGUGAGUUGGCUCCUGCAGAGAGGGGUCCAAGUAGAGACCUCAGACAAAUCCGGAAACACAGCUCUGAAACUGGCCCAACGAAAAGGUCAUUCUGAUGUAGUUCAUCUUUUGGAAUCCCUACCCAUUUUGGAGGAAACCAGCGAAGAGGAUGAGUCAAUUGAUAGCAACAACCCCUUUUACUGUGAAAUCUGUAAGAGGGACUACAAGGAAACCCCCUGGCCAAUUCAUCAAACCUCCACAGUGCAUCAGUUCAAUCUAAAGGCUCUGCCCGCUCACAAGCUCCACAAGUUUAAUAUAUCUGCUAAGAAUCGGGGACUUCAACUGAUGCUGAAACAGGGCUGGGACCAGGAGCACGGAUUGGGACCGAGUCAAAGUGGGCGAUUGUAUCCAGUUAAGACUGUUCUUCGCAAGCAACGUACUGGACUGGGAAUCGAACAACAGCCGGCAAGGGUCUCCCACUUUGGAGCCUUCGACUUAAACGCUGUUAGAAGGAGGGAUCCCAUAUAUCAACCGAAAAGGACGCGAAGCGAUAUGCAGAGGGAAAAGGUGCGCGAAUGGAAGCGAGAGCGGUACCUCCGCAGGGUAUUAAGUUAAAGAUGGCUUACAGAGAAAGCAAAAAAGAAUUGGAUUGUACAUUAUUAUUAGAGCCAGUCUAGAAUGUUUUUAAUUAUGCUUGUUUAAGAAUAGUUUUAUAAAUUUAUUAUUAGAAGGAAUACAACGUCAUUUAUUGCUUCUAAAGAAUUGCCAAAUAAAAAAGCUGAUUAAAAUGAAUGAAAUGA